AUGGAACUUAUGAUUCAAUUUUUCAAGUGUUGUGGCAGGAAAUCAGGAAUGAAUAACCUGCAAUCCCUGACUCAACCUGAAAAGGAGAAGAAAUCAAAAUCCAAAGGUAAAAAGAAGAUGCCGAAUGAUGAUAGUCUUGUGGAAAAUCUGACUAACCAUGAGGUUAUCGAAGAAGCUCAACCUGAGAAGACGAAGAAGAAGCAACAGAAUGUUGAAGAGAAUCUAGGAGUCUUUUCUUUAAGUAAUGAAGUAUUGGAAGUGCAUGAAGUUGGUGAUGGUGAAGACAGCCGACUUAAGGGAGAUAAUACCAACCAGCAGGUGAAGAAGAAGAAUAAAUCAGAAAAAUGCAAAGAGGUAGUUGAAAAUGCCCAACCUGUGAUGGACAAGAAGAGAGAGAAGAAAGGUGAUGUAGGUGCCAGAGACAGUGUAAGAAACAGGGACAGAGGCAGUAAAAAAAGGAAGGAGAAAUCGUUUGGGUGUAAUACUGAAGAAGAUAUAAAUGCUGGUGUGUUGGAGAAUUCUAAUGAGAAUGGAACAGCUGAGCCUACUGAUAACUCCAAUCACAAUAAGAAAUUGAAGGACAAGAAGAGAAAGAAGAAGGAUGAUGUAGGAGCCGGAGACAGUGGGAAAAACAGGGACAGAGGCAGUAAAAAAAGGAAGGAGAAAUCUCUUGGGUGUAAUACUGAAGAAGAUAUAAAUGCUGGUGUGCUGGAGAAUUCUAAAAAGAAUGGAAUAGCUGAGCCUACUGAUAACUCCAAUCACAAUAAGAAAUUGAAGGACAAGAAGAGAAAGAAGAAGGAUGAUGUAGGAGCCGGAGACAGUGGAAAAAACAGGGACAGAGGCAGUAAAAAAAGGAAGGAGAAAUCUCUUGGGUGUAAUACUGAAGAAGAUAUAAAUGCUGGUGUGCUGGAGAAAUCUAAGAAAGAUGAAACUGUUGAGCCUACUGAUAACUCCAAUUGCAAUAAGAAAUCUAAGAAAGUCAAGUUUUCUGAUAAUGUUGAAGUUUUUCCCAUCACCGACACUCCUAGUAAGGGGAAGAAGAAAAAGCUUUAUGAUGGCAGUAAGGAGAAGGAUGAUCUCGAAGAUAGCGUGAUACAUGGGAAGCGAUUCUCCAAAGAGGAUGAUGAGAUCAUCCAAGAUGCGGUAUAUAAGUACAUAGAGGAUCAUCGACUGGCUGAACAGGGUUUAGGAAUGAUAUUGAACUGUAAGUCCCACCCAGAAGUUAGACAUUGUUCGAGAGAAAUUGGGGAGGCUUUGCCUUAGAGACAUUAUCGGGCUGUCUAUUGGCGGGCUCAUGUAUUGUUUGAACGAAGUGAGGCUCGUAAGUGGACCCCAGAAGAGAUUGAGCUGCUUAAGAAAUUCUAUGAAAAGCAUGGCCCAGAUUGGAAAACGUUGAGUAAUGAACUGGGCAAACAUCGGUUUCAUGUAAAAGAUACAUGGCGUAGGAUCAGGUUCCCCAAUUUGAAGAAGGGACGCUGGACCUUAGAAGAGUACCAGAAUCUAUUUAAUCUUGUUAAUUUGGAUUUGAGCAUGAAGGUAUUUGAAGAAAAGAAAACAAAGCAUGGAAUGCUACGAGACAACAUAUGCUGGGAGGCCGUAGGUGAAAAGCUCUCAACUCGAACAAAUUCUGUGUAUUGCACGAAAUGGUAUGACCAAUUAACAUCUUCCAUGGUAUCUGAAGGAGAGUGGGCUAACUCUGAUGAUUAUAGGUUGUUAAUUGCGCUUGUUGAUCUUGAUGCUACUUGUGAAGAAGAUGUGGAUCGGGAUUAUCUUUUGGAACAUAGGUCUGGUGAUGUAUGUCGUAAGCGCUGGAAUGAAAUGGUACGCCAUAUUGGUGAAAAUGGUGUCAAACCAUUUAGCGAGCAAGUUGAAAUUCUUUCCCAGAGAUUCUGCCCGGAUAUACUAGAAGCAAGAGAAAUUUAUGACAAUAAAGUUCCUGUUGAUCUUUAGUUUGGCUUUGGUCAUAGAUUUUGUUUUGCUACGUUGUAGGGUGUUUUGUUUGAGAUUUAGAAGAGUUUUUCUCCAACAACCUUAAAUAUUGGAAGACAAAUGAAAGAAAAAACAUAUAUCGGAUUAGAGGAUAUUACCUUUGAACAUUUAUGUUUAUGUUGUAAUUUAGGGGAAGAUAACCCCCAUGGCACCUUUGGUAAUGUGUAAGCUGGAUUAUAUUUAUCUUUGAUAUAUUGCUCCCUUUAACCCAAAAACGAAAAUGAAAGAGAAAACGUCCUAUUUGUAUGAA